CGUAUACAUUUCCAACCACAAGGCUGACCAUGCUACCUUUCAGACCAUUGAGAAGCCCCUCGCUCCGUCGAGCAUUCUCGACAUCGAGACGGCUCAAUUUCGAACUUUCACAUCAGAUCUUCACGCCAGAUUCAAAAGCAAACCAUGCACAGAAGGGAGGAGACCCGAUCAUAUUCAUGCACGGCCUGUUCGGAUCGAAGAUGAAUAAUCGGAGUAUGAGUAAGGUCUUGACACGUGACUUGAACCGGGAGGUGUUCAUAGUGGAUCUUCGAAAUCAUGGACAUUCCCCCCAUGCUCCGGAACAUAACUAUACUAUCAUGGCCGAUGAUGUUGAGAACUUCCUCCAUCGACAUCGCAUCAGCAAGGCUGUUUUGAUUGGUCAUUCCAUGGGUGCCAAAGUAGCCAUGACAGUCGCAUUGCGCUCACCUAAUUUGGUGUCUGCUCUUGUCCCCGUGGACAACUCCCCCGUCAAAGCUCCUUUGCAGAGCGACUUUAGGAAAUACGUCAACGGGAUGCUAGAGAUCGAGGCCGCUAAGGUGACCAAACAGAGCGAGGCCGAUAAGAUCCUACAGCCAUAUGAACAGUCUCUCCCCAUCCGCCAAUUUCUCCUCACGAAUCUCAUCCGCACCGACGACGGCCAUCUGAAGUUCCGUGUCCCGCUCAACGUCCUCUCCAAGUCUCUGGACGAAAUGGCCGAUUUCCCCUGGCACGAGCCCGGCGAGGUACAGUACGACGGACCGACCUUGUUUGUACGCGGUACCAAGAGCCGUUAUGUCACCGAUGCAAUGAUCCCUGCGAUCAAGAAGUUCUUCCCGAACGCGGAAAUCGCUGAUAUCGAUGCGGGUCACUGGCUCAUUUCGGAGAAGCCGGAGGAUUUUAGACAUGCUGUUGUCAAUUUCUUGAAGAAAAAUGCGUAGGAUUGCAUCGGAUCAGCAUAUAGACGUGGAUGUAAUAGACCCUGUGUUAUCUUCUGUUUGUAUUAUUGUUCACACACCGUACCUAAUAUAGCACGUUGGCAUCUUCUCGAAAAAUAGGACUUA